CCCGGGGAAUAAAAGAAGCCAGUGACACAAGAACCCUUACAUUCAAUGCCUCGGCCUCGGCCCAUAGAACAUUGAUCGACUGUCACAUACCUACAAUUAAAAGAGAUGCUUUUUUGAAAGUGUCAUGUGACGACGAGGGGUGUAAAACCGCUUGUUUCUUUUUGCUCAGAACAUCCAGACUUUAAACCUAGUUUCCAUCCUCUCCCGCAUCUUCAAUCUUCGAUGUCCUCGCCUUGUAAUUAUGGGUCCGACAUCUCCAGUGGAGUCUUACAUCGCCGUCAAGCCAGCCCCUGAUCUAGGCGCCGAUGUCUACACCAACGAUAAAAAAUUCCCAACAACCCGCCACGGCGGGCGCACCGUCUUCGGCGGACUACUAGUCUCUCAAGCCAUAUCAGCGGCCAACGCCACAGUACCGGCUGAUUUCCACGUGUACUCCUCGCAAUCAUCCUUCGUGCGCGCCAUCAGCGACAAAGCCAACGGCAUCAUCAACUACCACAUCGAGCGCACCUCCUCCGGCCGCACCUACGCCACGCGUCUCGUCCGCGCCAUCGCAGACAACGUCUGCGUCUACAUCGCCAUCAUCUCGUUCCAGAGCUCCAAGAUAUCCGCCGGUAGCGCGCUAGCUUACAACGUCCCGAUGCCCGAGCUAGACGACACCCCAGAGGAAAUCUCCCAGGAAAUCAGCAAGCAGUUUAAUGCUUCGCAUACGGGUGAGUCCGGCGGCGUGUUGCAGGCUUUUGCGCCGGAGGAGAAGCCGUUCGAUUGGCGCCCCUCGGGACAUAUCCUAGGCGACGACCCGACGGAGUCUUGUUUACGCGGGUUUGUUCGCGCACGUCCGUUGUCUACUAGGUCGCCUGCGGCACACCUAGCGGGGUUGGGUUACGCAUCGGAUGAAAAUCUUCUGGGCGUAGCGAUUGUGUCGAAUCCCGAGCACGUGGGCCGAGGGGGGCGUAAUGUGGCGAUGGUUGCGAGUCUCAACCAUAACAUAUCAUUCCACGAUCCGAAUGUCAAGGUUGAUGAGUGGAUGGUGUGCGUGCGCAAUACGAGUUGGGGCGCGGAUGGGAGGGUGCUUGUUCAUCAGCGGAUGUGGGAUUUGAAGAGUGGUCGUCUUGUCAUGACGACUGAGCAAGAAGCUCUGGUCAGGUUGAAAAAUGCUAAACUCUAAAAGGCCUGUUGUUUCUUGUUAGCAUCACCACCCAUGCGCUCAUUUAUCCUUGUAUACAGCGAUGAAGGCUAAGUCUUCUGCCACUUCUUGUCAUGGUAUUGUACUUAAUACACUGAUU